AUGAAACUUCUCGUGUUUUGUGCUCUGCUGGCCGUGGCGGCUGCUCAACCCGCGAAGAACGACCUCUGGAAGGGUAGCAACAUGGACCAGAUGGUCGACCAGACUAGAACCGAGUGUGCACAGAAGAACGACGAGGUUGCCUGCAUGAAAUUCAAGGUCCUGAACCUUCUCGACCAGAUCUUCCGCAAAGACAGCUUCAAGGUCUCCGAAACCGUGGAGGUGACGCGCAACUCGAACCCAGUCGAGGAAGUUUCAGCCCGCAGCGAAGGUUCUUUCCUGGAGAACGUUCAGACUUACCUGUCCUCUCACGACGUCACCUUCAAGCUUCCCCUGGAAUCUUCGGUGAAGGUGAGCGCGAGGAACAUCGACGACGAUCACCUCUCCUUCGACGUGAAGUUCGGCCAGGGUCGUGCCGUUGAAGAGGCUCGCAAGUCCAAGCUGAAGAAAGUCGUCAUCCCGAUUUUAGUCUUCGUCCUCCUCAAAGCGAUGACACUCAUCCCUCUCGCGAUCGGUGUCCUCGGUUUGAAGGCGUGGAACGCGCUUCAGCUCUCCUUCUUCAGUUUCAUCGUCUCCGUGGGAAUGGCGAUAUUCCAAUUGUGCAAGAAGAUCGCCGCGGACAGCCACGGUGCACCGUUGGCCUCUCACGGGCCAUGGGAGUACCAAGCUCAGUACAGAUCGCUUCAGGAUGAACAACCGUCGGUGCUGUACGCGCAGAAUCUCGCUUAUUCCGGUCACGCGCAGUCGUAA